CAUCGCCUUGUCGCGGUGCUGUACUGGUAUAGCAAAGCACGACUAUCUUCUUUGCUCAGUAAGUACAGAUCGGCUAGCCAGGCUAUCGCGGUGACUCCCAAUCCUCGUUGGGUUGACCGUAUUCUCCUGAGUACCAAACAGGAUAUAUAUAAUGGAGCUUCAAACGGAAGUUUGUUUGUUGCCGCUCGGUGUCUACUCUACUUCGAAGAAACAAUGACGUAAUCACGAUGUUGAGGUCCGCGAUACGAACGAUAACUUCAAAGCGACCGUUCACCUCACUCCACCGUCAAACAGCAAUGACCACGACAAAAUAUAUGAGCGGAGAGGCACUUGCGGCUCUGAUCAAGAAUCCAGACAAAGUCGCAAAGAAGGAUUACCUCGUCGUCGACGUACGAGAUGACGACUACGAAGGCGGUAACAUCAAAGGAUCAUUGAACCUUCCAUCUCAGGAUUUCCUAAUGAACGUGGAUACGCUGGUCAAAGAUACGAAGGACGUAAAGAUGGUAAUAUUCCAUUGUAGUUUGAGUCAAGUUCGAGGUCCAAAAGCCGCUCGUAUCUAUCGAGAAACGCGACAAAACGUUUUGGGAGAAGGUGAAUCAUCACCGACGGACGUCUUUAUUCUUCGAGAUGGUUUUUCGCAGUUUCAGGUGAAAUACAAGGACGAUCCCGAGCUCGUAGAAAACUGGGAUGAAAACGUGUGGGCUUCGGAAUGGAGCUGAAGGUGGGGGCGGGGUCCAUCGUCGUUUGUUUUCAAUAUACGCUUUGGUGAACUUUCGAUGAUUUGUUGGACUUUCUUUCGUUCUUCAGCGAUUUGUGCUUGACAAAGAUGCCU